UCAGCAAACAUUUUCUGUUGCUGGAAAGGCAUGGACACACCUGAGCCUUUUUCCUACAGCAGGCGGGUUGAAGGACUGUGUAAGGAUGCUGAUCCUAGAGGAAUGACUGCAGAGAGCAACAGACCAAUACUUGACGUCCCGUGGCAACCAGCAGUCUGUGGAGACAAGACUUCAAGUCUGGAGGCAUUAUGUCAUAAUCUGGCAGAAAGGGUGGUGCAGGUGGAAGAAGAAAUGAGGAAGAAAAAUGUUUGGUUUGGCUCUGUUGACACUCGACUACAAUUUCUGGAGAGUUGCCACAGGCAGUGUGAUGCAUUCAAUCAUUACAAGAUGCAGGAGACCAGCAACCCUCAUCCUCUUUACCAGGAUGGACACAGGAGCUAUCAGGAAGCAUUUCCUGGAGGUGUCACCCAAAAAGAGCUUCAGGAGAAAGAGGAAUAUAUGAAGCUGAAAGAGAAGAACAAAGAGCUAGAGGCAAAAAACAAAGAGCUCUUGGCUAAAGCAAUGGGCAUGCACAAGAACUCUGAGAACAUGAACGACCCUUCGCGUUUUUCUGCUGUGCUGCACACUUAUGAGAUGCUCAGGCUACAUGGCUGGGAAAAAUUCAGGACCUCCACAUACCCCUUUCUGACGUAUGAAACUGGCAGCAGCAUAAUUCGGAAGCUGUUUGCUGCCUGUGAGAAAGACAUACGUCAGAGAAUAAAAUCCACAUUAGCAGCUCUUGGCAUUCCAUCUCUGAAUGACACUAUGACCGACAGCAAAGAGGGGGUGAUGGAACAGAUAAGGAGUCUCUUGAGAUAUUCCUAUCACCAGAACAAUUCAGACAUUUUCAAGAAAAUUGUCAUGCAAACUGAAAUUGACCCUGGAACGGCCAGUCAAAGACAGUUCAUGGUGCAGUGCUGUCAAGUUUAUUGUUUGCUGCUUCUUCAGGACCCACCGGUUCAAGCUGUGUGGAACCUACAGGAAAGCUCGUUGAAAUCUUCAGAGCACGUGGACAAGAAAGACAGGGAGCACUGGAGAAACCCAAAAUUUCUGUGGCCCGUAAUGAAAUGUGGGGAACAAGUCAUUGGGAAAGGUGUAGUCUGGGAUGAAAAGUAGCAUGACUUCAGAGUCAGGCUACUCGCUUACAUGACCACAAGAAGAUGAAACAGCUGCUGUGCAAUAUGCUGCUUUUCUUUCUCCCAUGAAGUGUCUGCUUUUCAGAGCAAGUUAGAUGCUCCUGGCUUAGGACACCUAGGAUAAAUCAUUACUUGCAACCACGUGUUAAAAAUUGAAGAUGAUUGCCUCAGCAGCAUGCAUACAUUUUGUGUAACAUUUAUUACUUGCUGUCUCUAAACGGCAUUUGUGUGGAAAGAGAAUCUGUGUUUCUAGCCUACCUUACCUGCUCUUCAGGAACGCUUACAACAUUGUCAGAUAGCAGUGGGGGUCUCAGCCACCCUGUGGAGGCACUUGCCUCCUCACCAACACCAUGUGGUAGGACCAACGCUUUGCGAGACCCCUAACAACAGUGGUAUCACUGCCCUCCCCUACAACUAUAGCAGGUACACAAACUGCGGGCUCAUGCUUUCUGCUAAUGAAUAAGCAGCAAGGAUGAAGAUGGCCUGGGAAACAGGCAUCCUUCUUGGGUAAAAAUGUACUUACAUGAGAAAGAGAUCGAGGCGCUAAAAGACAAGGCUACGACAGACUCUCAGAAGACAGGUGUGCGUAGGUAUAUGUACCCAGCCACAGACAUGGAGGCCCACUCUUACAUGCCAAAAGGCCACUUGUGUCCACACAAAUGCCACCUGCCUGUUAGUACUCAGCUGCUUUCCCACAUCUGUACAAUUUACCACUCCAUAGCCCUUCAGCUACACACCUGCCACAGCUCUUGACCAAAGUGCUCUAAAAGCUGUAUUUCACAGCGUAAGGGGGAGGCAGCGAGACAAACGCAUGUUUAUGUGGUCGCGUGACAAAGCAUUGUGAGAAUCUUGAGGUUUGCCAAAUAAAAGAAAACUUGAAAUCCUGCUGUGUGCCUGCCAACUCCCUGCCUUCAGUUCUGCUUUCUGGUCCAGCAGUUUCUGUGGCUGCACAAACUCCCUGGCAUUUUCUUGAGGGACCCCAGAAAGAAAGGCAAAUUUCUGAGCAUCCAUGUUUUAUUUAUAACCUGCUUAGAAAUUUUGUUAGCCUAAUUUUUAAGACUGUGGCUCCUUCAGUCAAUCUGGUUCUGUUCUGUGUAUCAGUUUUCGCUCUGAAGCUCAUCACUUCUGCAGCUUCUCAUGUAUGGUCCUUUCCUUCGACUUUUUCUUUCCUUAACAUCUUUUUUUGCUGGCCUUAAGCUAAAACACUCAAGUUACAAAGGUUUAUAUUCCAAAGGCUGAUUUAAAAGCCUUGAGAAAGUUACAAGCACUGCUGCAUCCUUUCUAGUAAGCUUCACACACACGUCCUAGUCUCUCUUAACACCAGGAGCAAACUGUUUGCUCUGUUUGUGCAACACCUAGCAGAAUCCAGCAGACUUGGGCUCUAGGCACUGCUGAAACAUCUUUUCCCUGUUACAUGUGCUGAGCUGAUCGCAAAGGAAAAACAAUUUCCCCCUCCCUGCAAAAGGUGUCAUUUGGCCUAGAGUGCAGUAGCUCCAAAGCAGUGAAUGGGCUGCCUCCUUCCUGUGCAGCUACAGGAUUUUUAACUGCUCACAACAGACCAGGUACUUCAUCCAUUAGCAACAAAGGUCCACUGAUGGCCAUGAAGUGUCUCUGUGCAUGAAACUUCCCGACUGCCAGGCUAAAACAUCUCCUGGUGCAAAGGACAACAUCUAGCCCAUGAUUCAGCACAAUCUCUUUUCCCCGUUCUUGAUGUUUGAGGGUGAGAUUUCACUGGGGGUUAACAUCCAGUGCACUGGUGUGGUGAGUUAGGCCACAUAUUUGGUGUGGGUUUCGUUCCUUAAACCAGUCCUACCAGCAAAGUUUCGGGAUUUGAGUAUCAAAUGCCCCAGCUACCUCUAAGCACUUUGGAGCAAUCAACAAAACGCCAUUGUUUUUGAAAGGUCUCUGGGGGCAGGGAUAAUGGUUGUGGCUACUGUUGAGCUGUCCUGAGAUAGCCUGAAGCCUCCAAACAAGGAUGUCCCUGAAGAACAGGCUGAGCCACACAGAUACAUCCUGCCUUCCUCCAUGUUGUACAGGAUGCAAUCAUGAAACAACCCAGAGUUGUCUUCUUUGUCUUCAUACCAUCAUUAAGAGACUUGAAGAAAUGCUGCUGCUGAAAUGUUGUUCUCCUAUAGCUUCUUCCACCCUGUACUUCUUGGGGACAAACAGACUCUUCCGCAGCCUGAGAAGUGUAUUGUAUUUCCCAGCACCUCCUCCUCCCCUCCCUUUUUAUCAGUCAACACAACCAUGCAAGAGCCUCCCCCUCACUUGGUCUCAUUUGCUGUUUAAACCAAGAGAAGGCAGUUCUGACCUAGACUUUGUUCAAAUCUCAGUGGAGACCCUGAUAACCUGUCCCUGAUCAUAGAUUCUUCAUCCAGAAGAAGGGGGCAAGACUACCUGUAUCUCUACACCUUACAUCUCACAGAGGGUUGGCAAACAAUGGGAGACUAUGUUUGCUCAUCCCUGCCAGAGAUAACAUCUCCUGCAAGACAAGGGCUCCGUACAAAUUAAUUCCCAUAGCCAAGUGGGUUAGAUCCUCCACCUGGUAUCCGGAAGGGAUUCCCCUGUGUUACACUAUCAUCCUACCACUGAUGUAGGAUUAUCCCUGGAGCUGAGGCACAAUGGCUUCUCUUCAGCUCUGUAGGAUGCAACUAAUUGCUACCUCAGUCCUUCACACUUUGGUGGGACAUCUGUCUGUCUGCUCCCACCAAAGACCCAGCCUAAGUGUUCUCCUCCCUUCUGCUCUCCCCACUGUCCAGAGAGGGAGAAAGAGCCUACUCCCAGUGGAAUUUAAAAACAUCACUCAUAUCCUGGUAGAGACAUUGACUGAAACAUCAGCAGCACACUCAACGCUCCACUUCUGUCACCCAACACUACAACUUGUCUAAGAAAACAGAUUUUCUAGUAUCCUCACUGAGGUGAGAGAGGUAAAGGUCAGACCGUACCGCUGAGACAUAGUACUGAAGAGUAGCAUAAACAGUGCAGCCAGCUGUGGCCUCUCCCCACGCUUUUGGGGUGUUCCUGAUAGCUCUCCCUUCAGGCCACUGUACAGACCUGGUUAUGCACUUUACUUUACUUUGCUAAUAAACUGCAAGGCCAGCUGGGACGGGUAAAUGGGAAGUAUCCUGCCUUUGGCUUCUCCUGCCUCUGCUACACAAGUCUGUCACUAUUUUGACUCUGAGAAUCUCUGAUCCUGCUCUUUAACCCCCAUGCUUUGCAGUAGGAACAUCCAUAGCUUCAGUGACCCUCAGUGCUUCUGGUGAACUGAUCUUACACUGCAUUAGCUAAGUAAUUUGGAAGACACACAGGCAACAUCUGAGGUCUCAACCUUGUGCGUAGCUGGCAUCUGUUGCUCCAUAUCCUAAAGAGCCCCAAUUUCUGGAGGGUAGGAUAUCUUCUGUCAGAGAAUAAGCAUGCCAGCAGUUAUAAUCCACAGAUACCUGCUUAGCUCUUAGCUGUGUUUUGACCUUUUCUUUCUCUGUGAUGUAAUUUCAUUUAUUUCACACAUGCAGGAGGCUUUUAUGAGAGAAUGGAUGGGUCAGUGAGCCAGGGGAUUUGUCUCUUGUCCCUCAGGCUCUUCCUUUGUAACAGCUGCAAAGGACCAGGGGUCAAGGCUUCAAAUAUGUGGAGAGAGAAAGUGCAAACAGAUGCUUUGGCUCUGAGCAAGUGUCCUGCCCAUUGCAAGAAAGCCAUGGGACCUGCAUGCAGGAGGCCCAGAUCUUGGAAGAAGGAGCAAGCCAGCCUCGUGAUUAUCCAGUGGAUGACAUUUAGAUCAUUAGAAGUACGUGGUCAGUGCUGUUAGCAGUGCCCUUAGCGUCUCAGAUUUUUUUUUUCUUGGUGUAAAAAGUCAAACUGAUGAUAAUGAAACCUGCAGGUCCUGCAAGACAGACGUCCUCCCUUAGUUAUCCCAGAGCAAAUGCUUCAUAGACCCAGCAGGAGCUCCAGCCCCGCCACUGUGCCUUCCCCUCAGAGGGAGAAAGGCUGACCCCAGACACAGUCACCACCACAGCUAGCCAGCAUCUCUGUAUCUUCCCAGAUCUUGCAAGAAUACAUAAUUAAUACUUGGAUAGUAUCACCAAAUUCUCUUUAGAAGGUUUUUCAAAAAAGUGAUAACCAGACUCUGGUUAAAUGCAUGGAGAUACAUCUCACAUGCUCAUUUUCCAGAAGGGUACCUGGGAAGGCAAAUAGCAGCUAUUUCACCAAAAAGUUUCCUUAGAAAUUCAUUAUCACUCACAACAGACUCCUGUGAGAAUUAAAAUCACUCAAAUACCAACAUGGGUAAUUUUGAAAGAACAACUGGGCAACUGACCUGAGGAGCAAUGCUGAGAUCUUUCAUAGCUAAA